AUGGAACGAACCGACGUUGCUCUUGCUCGAGUGAAUUUUCUCCGGAAAGUCAAAAAAAUUACAAAUUGGGACAAAGUUGUCUUUCUAGACGAGACAUGGCUAAACGCCAAUCAUACCGUAUCCAAAGCUUGGACCGAUGGUACGACACAAUCGACCACCAAAGUACCUGAAGGCAAAGGUCAAAGACUAAUAAUAACUCAUGCUGGGACGUCAUCUGGUUUUGUGCCUAAUUGCCUAUUGGCAUUCAAAUCUACGAAGACCAAUGAAUACCAUGAAGAAAUGAAUUUUGAAAAAUUUAAAGAGUGGUUUUUAAAAUUAUUAGAUAAUUUGAAGGAGCCACAUUAUAUAAUUAUGGAUAACGCCCCAUAUCACUCGGUCCAAAAGCACAAACCACCAACUUCGGCAAACAGGAAGUUAGAAAUAAUUGCAUGGCUUCAAGAAAAAGGAAUAGAGGCCAAUGAAACAAUGCUUAAAAACGAAUUAUUGAGACUCGUUGGUCUGCACAAACCCAGCACACCAACGUAUGUCUUAGAUGACAUAGCCCAAGAAAAGGGUCAUAACGUCAUAAGACUGCCUCCAUAUCACUGCCAGUAUAAUCCGAUCGAGCUUAUCUGGGCCCAAGUAAAAGGUUACGCUGCUAGAUCUAACACAACACCACCUUUUACGGCAAAUAAAAUGCUGCAGUUACUAAACACUGCGGUUGAAAAUGUAUCUGCAGAAGAUUGGAAAAAGGUAGUUACCAAAUGCAGAAAAUUAAUGGAAGAAGAUUGGGAGCGGGACGUUCGAUUUGAUAAUAUUUGCGACCAAGAGUUCAUUAUAAAUUUAAAAGAUUGCUCUAGCGAUUUUGAAAGUGAUUCGGAAAUUGAUUUGGGGUGUACUCCUUUGGAAUAAAUAAAUGUAUGUUUUAAAA